ACAGACAGACAGAUGCUCCUCAGCCAGCUGACCACAGUUCUGAGCCUGCUCAGUGGAGCCUGGCUACCCACAGGCUUGGGGAGACCUGGACCCCAGGAUCCCCCACCCCAGCCCUGGGCUGUCACCAAUCAGACCCGAACUCUGAGCCGAGGGUCUCUGGCCUCCCCAGUGCCAUCUUCUGCUCUCAGCAGCUGGAAGGCCUUCUUGGACCUGCAGAAAACCAGGCGUGUGGGGAUAGGUGGGCUGCAGCAUGGGCAGGACGUGUCUCUCCCACUGGACCCGCAGGAAGUGGCCCAAGAGAUGUGCAAAGCUGUGCGCUUCACUCAGGUGCUCUCCCAGCCAGGAUGCAUGGCCAUGCACCUCCGUAAUCACCUCUGUUUUGGCCACUGCUCCUCACUCUACGUCCCUGGUGUGGACUCUGCCCUGCUUGUCCUCUGCAACAGCUGUGUGCCCGCUCGAAGGCACUGGAUACCCGUGUUCCUGUGGUGUCGGGUGGGCAGCCCAGGCUCUCGUCGGCGGUUGAAGACAUCCACAGUGCUGGUGGAGAGGUGUCAGUGCAGCCCGAAGGCAUGA